ACAAAUCAGUUAUGCAGCGGGGCGGUGUGUUUAGCGCUACUUAUGUAUCAGGAUGGUUUGGGUUUUUUGGAUAUUUUAUUAAAGGCACUCAAACGAUAACCGGAUGCUUUAGAUUGCGAAUGCAUGAUUACUGUAGCUGGCUAGUUUAAACCCGAUAGACAAAGCUGGAUUUUUCACUGUACUGCACUGCUAGCUAAGCUAGGUAGCAUAAUAGCACCUAGCUUUUCAGUCUCAUAUCUCAAAACUGCGUUGCUAAGAACACUUUAUAUUCUAAUGCGUCACAUAUUUUUUUGUUUGUUUGGGUUUUUUUUGUUGCAAAUGUGUAAAUAAGUGCAUGAAAUGAAAUCACACAGAGCCCUCGCUAACGAGGAAUGAUUUUAGUUGACUAGCCGAACAGCACCCUGUAUUUACUGGGAUGUUAAGUCCAUGUGUUACUAUAACAACGCAGGAGAAGUUCAUAUCCGGUACAGUCAGUGAGAUGUGAAAUGGCCGCUGCAAGUGCUUGAGCGGGACAAACCGGCCUUGUUGAAACUUGAGGUUUUCGCAGUAACAGAGGAGAUGAAUGGUAAAAUCAUUCCUCACACCCCUAUAGCUGUGGACUGCUGGCAGCUUAGAAAGUGCAGCCACGUCCGGCUUUUCUUCCUCUCACACAUGCACUCAGAUCACACAUCUGGCCUCACAUCCACCUGGAGCCACCGACCCAUAUACUGCUCUCCUCUCACUGCCAAGCUUCUCAAACUCAAACUACAGGUAAAUGAAAAAUGGAUUCAGCCUUUGGAGGUUGGGGAGCCGCACAUGUUGCCUUUGGAUGACAUUGGGAAGGAAAAAUUGACCGUUACCCUUAUUGAUGCCAACCACUGUCCUGGGGCUGUUAUGUUUUUUUUCGAGGGCUAUUUUGGCACUAUUCUCUACACUGGUGACUUCCGAUACACUCCAUCAAUGCUGCGUGAGCCAUGUCUUAGGAAUAAUACCACUAUUGAUGUGCUUUAUUUGGACAACACUAACUGUGACCCUACACGUUCAAUUCCUACUCGCCAGCGAGCUUGUCAGCAGAUGAAGGAGAUCAUACGAGACCAUCCAAAUUACACUGUGGUCAUCGGCAUGUAUGCUCUUGGGAAAGAGUCUCUGCUCGUACAGCUGGCGCUGGAGUUUAAGACCUGGGUGGAGGUAGAUAUGGAGCGUCUAGAGACCCUACGGGUACUGGAACUGCCUGAUGUGUUCAGCACAGAACCAGGCUCGGGGCGUCUCCGUGCUGUUGCUCAGUCCGAGGUCACCGCGUCCAACCUGCUGGCCUGGAAUAAAGAGCGGCCUACCAUUGCCAUACUGCCCACCAGCCGCCCAGUGGUGUCCUACCACCCUAAUGUCCAUGUUGUGCCCUACUCAGACCACUCCUCCUACCAGGAGCUGGAGGACUUUGUUUCAGCUUUGCGUCCUGUCUCACUAGUGCCAAUUGUAGGCAGCUGUAUGCCAAACUUCUCCUCUUUUCUCAGCCACCGCAGGAAGCGACAUGAGGUGGUGAUACCCGAGUCAGUACAGCACUACAUGAGGGCAAAGCCUAAUGUUCAGCCUUUUACUUUCAGAAGAAGCUUUCUUCAUCGUCCUUUGCACAUGCUGCCUCAAGGAGUUGUGUUCGAAUCACCUGGAAAGAAUCCCAGACUCCCUAAUCGGAAUGAUGAUGAAGAUUCAGCUGCUAUGGAGGCAGAUGAUGAUGUAGCAGACGUCGAUUCUGAACCGGAUAGAGACUCUGAUUGCAUUCUGUUCGACAUGAGCACAGACCUCACACAUGAUGUUAACACUCAACACCCUAAGAGUCUAAAUCUGGCACACGUCACAUCAGGGGAUGCAAUCACGAUUGAUAGUCUCCCUCUAAACGAGACUGAUUCCCUCAUUGCCCUGAAAGGAUCAAGAUCACCUAAUAGUAAUAGCAUAAGCAAAGUCUGUGGUAGAGUUACUGCUGUGACUCAUAAUAAAAAUCCUCAGAAGAGGAGUCCCCAAAUAGGAAACAUUAACUCCAGAGUCAUGUGCUCAUCAAUGGACAGCAUUAGUCUUCAUAAUAGCAGCUGUGGAAUGGCUUUAGCAGCUUUAACACCAUCUGAAAUGCCUCCUGAUUCAUCGGAUACAGUCGAGAGAGAGGAGACAGAGCAGUGGCUACUCAACAACUUCACGAUUCCAGAGGAAGAACUCACAUGUCAGUACGGAAUCAUUCAAGGUCUACAAGAGGUGUAUCCACUUGCACCAAUCAAUACGUCAAAAGCCGAGGGUGAUGUGUUUGAGGCUGCAAUACAGAGAUUCAAAUCCAAAUAGGUAUCUAAAAUAUUUAGGGCAAUGAAAAAGCAAGACAUAUACUGUCCAUCAUUACAAGCAUCAGAAAUGGUCAAAUAGUAUAUAAUAAUACAUUAAUAGUGAAAGAAAUCAAUUGAAAGUCUCCCUGUUUGAAUGUGAUAUAAAUGUAUUAAUAAUUAUACUCACUGUUUUCCUUCUUUGAAUCAGAUCUGGAGAAAGUUAGCAUAGCAGGACUCCUUCCUUCUGGCUUCAUCUAAGCCUUUGUGUUGAUUUUGCAACAAUAGCAACCACUAUACUCUCUAAAGAUAUCUAAUACAACUUGCUUAUUUUACAUCAAUUUGUUACACAAAGUGUUAAAAUUCUUCUCUGGUGUGUUCAGUAUUUUCCAAUUUAUCAUGAUGUGUGUCACUUAUUUAGACCAUGUUCCUUCCGACUGCAACAUCAUGUUUUGACUUAUUGUGCAUCAAACCAAACCCAUUAUGUGUCUUGUUAUUGUGCCUGGAUGGGUGUUUAUCUGAUUGUCUUUUCAACAGUAUGAACACCAGUAUGGUAUUAAAAUGUUAGUAAUGAGAA